AUGUUCAAGGGAUUGCUGUGCCCUGUUCUGGAGAGACGAGCAGCACGACGGCUUGCCACCGUCGCCAACAGCGCCCGCCGCGGCGGCCGGCAACACUCGCGUCAGACGGUGCUGGAGUCCACUCGACUUCUGGAGAAGCUGCAGAAACGCCAAGGGGCUCGGCGCCCACGAACUGCACAGCAGCACCCGCGGGGCAGUGGGCUCACCAACCCACUGAACUCGACCGAGUCGUGGGCGGCGGCGCAGGCAGACGCGCUAGCGCAAGAGGAAGCGAACUGGCGGGCCGCAGAUCCGCUGCGCAAAUGGAAGGACGAGGCUGAAGAGCUACGACGGCGGCAGCAAGGGGCAGAGGAUGGGGCGCACUCCGGCUUCGGGUCCGCACAGCCCACCUCAUCAUCGCACUAUGACGCCGUGAAUGCGGACACCGGCAACAGCGCUGUGCAGGAGCGCUUUGAUGCCCUUGUGCACCGCGCACUGCUCCGCUAUGGUCCGCCGCUGCCGGUGGAGGUGGUCAUGAACAACAACGUGAUAUCCACCGCCUCCUUUGCAUCAGGCACGAGCCGAUCAGCGCAGCGCAGCUACUCUGACGCCAAAGUCGCCGCUGACAAUGGCGCGGACGGCUCUAGCGCUGUGUACUAUGAUGAGGUGGCGCUCAAGCUGCACGAGCUCAUGACGAUUCUCCGCAAGGAAGAGCCGCACUUCAGCUUACGGGACGACUGCGACGGGGUUCCACUCUCCUUGAUGGUGAAGAACUGCUGCUACCUGCGUGCCUUUGGUGGCAAGGUGAACUACAUGCGCUUUGUGCGACGGCUGCGCGCGGAUGAGCUGCACUCGGGCGGCAACAGUCAAGGUGGAGGGGCGCAAGGCGGACACGAGGCAAGCGCGGCAGUGGUUUUGCUCGGCAAGUACAUGAUGCGCGAGCUGCCUCCGCAGGACGGACUCCGUAAAGGCCCGCAGCCGUGGCGCUACACCUAUCGAAUGAUCUGA